UCACGCUCAGCGGCUGUGUACUCACUGGGAAAGUCUGACAGGAGGUCCUCACGUACUUCGGUGAGAAGCCAGUUUCCAAGGGAGAAAAGUCGUUACAGUGGUGGAAGUCAAAUGAGGUGAAGUACCCCUUUUUGUCAAGGUGAUCGGCAGGAGGAGAGUCUGAUGGAGGAGCUGAGGAGGAGAAGAGGAACAAUGAAAUCUUCACAAAAAAAACAUGAAAGCAGCAGUCAAGUGAGACAUCAGAAAUCUGCAGAGGAAAACAAUGGGUCCCCAACAACAACAACCAGAGAUGAAUCACUCAGUUGUGAGCAAUGCAGCAAGACUUUUAUCACAGCAAGAAAGCUAAGAAUUCACAAACGCAUUCACAGUGGAGUUAAAACGUUCAGCUGUGAUCAGUGUAAGAAGACUUUUACUCGCAAGAGUCAUUUAACAAGACACCAACUCGUUCACAAUGGAGUUAAACUAUUCAGCUGUGACCAGUGUGGGAAGACUUUUACUCACAAGAGUCAUUUAACAAGACACCAAUUCAUUCACAGUGGAGUUAAACCAUUCAGCUGUGACCAAUGUGGGAAGACUUUUACUACCAAGAGUAGUUUAACAACACAUCAACUCAUUCACAGUGGAGUUAAACCAUUCAGUUGUUACCAGUGUAAGAAGACUUUCACUCAAAAGAGUAGUUUAACAACACACCAACUCAUUCACAGUGGAGUUAAAGCAUUCAGUUGUUACCAGUGUAAGAAGACUUUCACUCAAAAGAGUAGUUUAACAACACACCAACUCAUUCAUAGUGGAGUUAAACCAUUCAGCUGUGACCAGUGUGGGAAGACUUUUACUCACAAGAGUCAUUUAACAAGACACCAACUCAUUCACAGUGGAGUUAAACCAUUCAGCUGUGACCAGUGUGGGAAGACUUUUACUCACAAGAGUAGUUUAACAACACACCAACUCAUUCACAGUGGAGUUAAACCAUUCAGCUGUGACCAGUGUGGGAAGACUUUUACUCACAAGAGGAAUUUAACAACACACCAACUCAUUCACAGUGGAGUUAAACCAUUCAGCUGUGACCAGUGUGGGAAGACUUUUACUACCAAGAGUAAUUUAACAUCACAUCAACUCAUUCACAGUGGAGGUGAACCAUUCCACUGCGAUCAGUGUGUGAAAACAGUUACUGUACAUGAACAGUUGUUGAUCCGUCAAUGCCCCCACUCUGGUAGAAAGCGGUACCACUGUGACUACUGUGAAAAAACUUUCAAGCGCCAUGGGAGCCUAAAACGUCAUCAACGCCAAUUCCACACUGGAUAUAAUGUGUUCGUAUGUGAUUACUGUGGCAAACCAUUUGUACAGUAUGCACAGUUACAAGCCCAUGAAGUGACCCACACCGGGGUUAAACCAUACCUUUGUGACCAGUGUGGGAAAGGCUACAGCUACAUUCAACACCUCAAAGCUCACCAAUGUGUCCACACUGGGAAGAGACCAUACAGAUGUGAUGAGUGUAAGAAGACUUUUACAACUUUGGGUUCCCUGAAACAACACCAACAGAUCCACAGCAGAAAGAAUGCAUUCAAUCGGUGUCACAGUGAGAAACAUGAAAAGGGGAAUGAAGUGAGACAUCAGAAAUCUGCAAAGGAAAACAAUGGGUCCCCAACAACAACAACCAGAGAUGAAUCACUCAGUUGUGAGCAAUGCAGCAAGACUUUUAUCACAGCUAGAAAGCUAAGAAUUCACAAACGCAUUCACAGUGGAGUUAAAACGUUCAGCUGUGACCAGUGUGAGAAGACUUUUACUCGCAAGAGUCAUUUAACAAGACACCAACUCAUUCACAGUGGAGUUAAAACAUUUAGCUGUGACCAGUGUGGGAAGACUUUUACUCAAAAGAGCAAUUUAACAAGACACCAACUCAUUCACAGUGGAGUUAAACCAUUCAGCUGUGACCAGUGUGAGAAGACUUUUACUCGCAAGAGUCAUUUAACAAGACACCAACUCAUUCACAGUGGAGUUAAAACAUUUAGCUGUGACCAGUGUGGGAAGACUUUUACUCAAAAGAGCAAUUUAACAAGACAUCAACGCAUUCACAGUGGAGUUAGAGCAUUCAGCUGUGACCAGUGUAAGAAGACUUUUACUACCAAGAGUCAUUUAACUUCACAUCAACUCAUUCACAGUGGAGUUAGAGCAUUCAGCUGUGACCAGUGUAAGAAGACUUUUACUACCAAGAGUCAUUUAACUUCACAUCAACUCAUUCACAGUGGAGUUAAACCAUUCAGCUGUGACCAGUGUGGGAAGACUUUUACUCACAAGACGUAUUUAACAAAACACCAACUCAUUCACAGUGGAGUUAAACCAUUCAGCUGUGACCAAUGUGGGAAGACUUUUACUCACAAGAGUCAUUUAACAAAACAUCAACUCAUUCACAGUGGAGUUAAACCAUUCAGCUGUGACCGGUGUGGGAAGACUUUUACUCGCAAGAGUAGUUUAACAUCACAUCAACGCAUUCACAGUGGAGUUAAACCAUUCAGCUGUGACCAAUGUGGGAAGACUUUUACUCACAAGACGUAUUUAACAAAACACCAACUCAUUCACAGUGGAGUUAAACCAUUCAGCUGUGACCAAUGUGGGAAGACUUUUACUCACAAGAGUCAUUUAACAAAACAUCAACUCAUUCACAGUGGAGUUAAACCAUUCAGCUGUGACCGGUGUGGGAAGACUUUUACUCAAAAGGGUAUUUUAACAAGACACCAACUCAUUCACAGUGGAGUUAAACCAUUCAGCUGUGACCAGUGUGGGAAGACUUUUACUCGCAAGAGUAGUUUAACAUCACAUCAACUCAUUCACAGUGGAGUUAGAGCAUUCAGCUGUGACCAAUGUGGGAAGACUUUUACUCACAAGACGUAUUUAACAAAACACCAACUCAUUCACAGUGGAGUUAAACCAUUCAGCUGUGACCGGUGUGGGAAGACUUUUACUCAAAAGGGUAGUUUAACAACACACCAACUCGUUCACAAUGGAGGUGACCCAUUCCACUGCGAUCAGUGUGUGAAAACAGUUACUGUACAUGAACAGUUGUUGAUCCGUCAAUGCCCCCACUCUGGUAGAAAGCGGUACCACUGUGACUACUGUGAAAAAACUUUCAAGCGCCAUGGGAGCCUAAAACGUCAUCAACGCCAAUUUCACACUGGAUAUGAUGUGUUAGUAUGUGAUUACUGUGGCAAACCAUUUGUACAGUGUAGCAAGACUGCAAAGGCCCUGGAAUUCCUGAGCUGAUCAAAACUCAGAUAAGCUCUCCCUCUCUUCAGCACUGACCAACACCCAUCUCUAUAGGAGGAUUGAGACAUUUGUAUUUCUGUAGGUUUUCAUUCACAGAAGGAUGGAACUCCUGUGAACAUUUAAACCCCUGGAAUAACUUCUUCUUUUUAAAAGACAAUGACUUUCAAUUAUAGACUAUGGAUGUUUGUUUAAUGAACUUUCAUGCUAAAAUCCCUUUUCAGCUUCAGGAGACCCUCAGCCGGAGAUGUCUCUGCAUUCCACAGAUCAGAUAACAAGUCGUAAAACUUUAUGGCUGAAGGCUGGAGUCACCCUCUCCCUCUCUUUGACUGAAACAAAGAGACUGGAACUGAACUUAAAAACCUUGCCAAAUUAAUAUUUCUGGAAUGUAUUUUGUGUUUACAGAAUUACCAACGUCAAUGGAAAUCAUUCAUCAUUAACAUAUCCGAAAAUCAAGAUUCUAUCUUUCACAGAAGCUGAUUUAUUAAUUUGUGAUGUUUAAUCUGAUUCCUUCUUUAUUACUCCAUUUAGGUUGAAUGAUGACCAUUGUAUUUACCUGUUACCAAAUCUCUGACUUGUUGUUAUAUUCUCACUGUGAUACAUAUUUUUAAUGUCAUAAACAUAUAGUUAUGAAUGAAAUGAUUCACAUCAUAUGAACAUAUGUAUUAAUCUACACAUUUCACUUUCACACAACUGAAUAUGGUGGGAUAGACAGAUCGUGUUUUGCGCGUUUAAUAUCAUAUUUUAAUCCAUUCUGGAUUCCUCUUUCUUCUCUACUUUGUGAGAACAAAGAGAUUCCAAAUUCCACCAGACUCGC